AUGAUACAAUUGGGGGCAGUUUUGAGAGUAGGUGUUUCCUUGAAAAUAUACAGUGUACAAGGGAAAGCUAAUGGUCUUUUUUGUUUGCAAGAACAGCUUCUUUCAGAUGUUUCACAUGCAAAACAUGAGAAGAUAGUUGAUAUUGAAAGGGGAGUUAGUCAAAUGAAAAUAGCACUACACAAUAAAAGGGCGCUUAUAGUACUCGAUGAUAUAAGCAAAACUGACCAACUGACGGCAUUUUGCGGAAACAGUGAAUGGUUUGGUUGUGGGAGUAUGAUACUCAUUACAACAAGAAAUAAGCACAUACUCGAUGAACUCAAUGAGAAAUAUUUCUUUGAAAUGAAAAGAAUUGACAACAGUAAAUCUCUUGAGCUUUUCAGCUGGAACGCUUUUAAGCAUUUGAGUCAUAGAGAUGAUUUUGUUAAGCUUGCAAAAAGUAUAGUUACUUAUUGUGAAGGAUUGUCGCUGGUUCUUGAAGUGCUUGGCUCUCUUUUGUUCAAUAAGACAAAACCAGAGUUAAGAAGUGUAUCGACGAAAUUGAAAGGCAUUCCCACAGGUCAAAUGCAGGAGAAGCUCAAAAUAAGCUGCGAGUAUCUGGAUGGUUCAGUGAAAGAUUACUUGUUCUUUAAUAUCGCUUGCUUUUAUGUGGGUGUGGAAAAACAGGAUGUCAUGCACAAAUUAAAUGGCUUCAAAAUUCCUACAGAAAAUGGAAUAAGAAUGCUCAUUGAGCAUAGCCUUGUAAAAGUUGACAUGAAUAAUAAAUUGGGGAUGCAUGAGUUGCUGCAAGAGAUUGGAAAAAGCAUCAAUCCUAAGAAGUCAAAAUCCAAAUAUGUCUACGAUGUGUUCUUGAGUUUUAGGGGUGAAGAUACAUGCAAAUCUUUUACGAGUCAUCUUCACAUCACAUUAAAAAAUGCAGGCAUUGAAACUUUCAUGGAUAAUGGGAUUAGAAGGGGAGAAAAUAUCUCAUCCACGCUAAGACAAGCAAUUGAAAAUUCCAGAAUGUCAAUCAUUAUUUUUUCAAUCAAUUAUGCUGGCUCUAGAUGGUGCUUGCAAGAAUUGGAGAAAAUCAUGAAGUGUCACAGAACUACUGGUCAAGAGGUCUUGCUUAUAUUCUACGGUGUCCAGCUAUGA